CGACUGCCGGCCACGGCCACGGCCCCCGGCCCCGUCACCCGCGCGCCCCACCUUCACGGCCGCUAGCGGCUCUGACGUGAUUGCCAAAGCUGAACCCAAUUGAAGAAAAGCCCCCCCACUACGGAUGCAUGCUUGCAAGCUUAGAAAGCCGAAUGCCGGAGGCCCGUUUCCUCAGCACUUGGACUCAAUUCCCUGAGCUCUCUUCCUGCUGCACGCCCGCACAACCAGCCGACUGAAGUAGACCAGUCACCUUUUGCCUACUUAAGUCGCUUCUGCAACAGAAAGCCCAGCAUGAGCCGCAUCGCUGUGCGUCGCUUCGCGACGACGGCCGUCCGCGCCAUUGACCCGCCCACGGCUUACUCCCUCAACCUCUCCCGCGCGCAAGGCGUCGUCAAGGGCCUCACCGGCGCAAUCGGCAACACCCCUCUCAUCCGCCUCAACCGCCUCUCCGCCGAAACAGGCUGUGAAGUCCUCGGCAAAGCAGAAUUCAUGAACCCAGGCGGCUCCGUCAAGGACCGCGCCGCCCUCUACGUCGUCAAGGACGCCGAAGAGCGCGGCCUUCUGAAACCGGGAGGCACCGUCGUCGAGGGCACCGCGGGAAACACGGGCAUCGGCCUCGCGCACGUCUGCCGCUCGCGCGGCUACAAGCUCGUCAUUUACAUGCCAAACACCCAGUCCCAGGGCAAAAUCGAUCUCCUGCGGCUGCUCGGCGCGGAAGUCUACCCCGUCCCCGCCGUGGCCUUCGAGAACCCGGAGAACUACAACCACCAGGCGCGCCGCCACGCCGAGAAGCUCGACAACGCGGUGUGGACGAACCAGUUCGACAACACGGCCAACCGCCGCGCGCACAUCGAGACCACGGGCCCCGAGAUCUGGGAACAGACGCAGGGCAAGAUCGACGCCUUCACCUGCGCCACGGGCACCGCCGGAACCCUGGCCGGAACGACGCGCUACCUAAAAGACAUCUCCAACGGCCGCGUGAAAUCCUUCCUCGCCGAUCCCCCCGGUAGCGUGCUGCACUCGUACGUCUCCUCGGGCGGCCAGCUCGUCGAGCGGAGCGGGUCCAGCAUCACCGAGGGCAUCGGCCAGGGCCGCAUCACGGACAACCUGCAGCCCGACAUCGGCCUCGUCGACGGGUCGCUGACGAUCGCCGACGAGAAGAGCAUCGAGAUGGUGUACCGCUGCCUCGACGAGGAAGGGCUGUACCUCGGCGCCAGCUCGGCGCUGAACGUCGUCGCUGCCAAGGAGGUGGCGGAGAAGCUCGGCAAGGGGAACACCGUCGUGACGAUCCUGUGCGAUGGCGCGUAUCGGUAUGCCGAGCGGCUGUUCUCGCGCAAGUGGCUUGAGGAGAAGAAGCUUCUGGGGGCGAUACCGAAGCAUUUGGAAAAGUACAUUGUUUUGCCUUGAACGGAAUAAGGUAGUGUAGUUGGUUGGUAGGUUGUAGAGCGGACCUUGUCUUUGGUCGUUGGUUGUGUGCGUAUUGUGUUGUAUACAUAGAUAAUUUUACAUAUCAGCUGUACAUAGCCCCUUUUUGGAG